CACUCACUAGAAAAGACACACACAACAUGCAAGGUUCUUGCAAACAUGUGUCGCGUCAUUAUACUACGUGUCUUUCCCUCCAUCUCCUAAAAAAUAGCUCUCCUUCCUCUCACCGUCCCUGCCUCCCUCUCUAUCUCUCCAUUUUUUUAAGAAAAUUGAUCCAUGGCUGACUUUCGCCAACAACAGCAUCAGCAAAGACCUGGAGGCCAAGGCUUCGCGAGCACCCUCCCAGGAAAGGGACCUUCAACUUCCCAGGUCUUAGCAGUUGUAACCUUGUUAUCUGUUGGUGGCUCCCUUCUCUUCCUUUCAGGUCUCACUCUUGUAGGGACACUCAUUGGGCUAGCUUUGACCACCCCCGUUUUUGUGAUUUUUAGCCCAGUUUUGGUCCCUACAGCCCUUGUGAUAGGCUUGGGCGUGUUGGGAUUCUUAGCAUCCGGUGCUCUUGGGGUCACGGCACUCUCGUCACUCUCUUGGAUGGCCAACUAUUUGCAUAGCUCGAUCAGAGGUCCGUUAACACAAACAAUGGAUCAGGCAAAACGGAAGGCAGAGGAAACAGCAGGAAAAGUGGGCCAGAAAGGUAGAGAGACGGCCCAGACUGUUCAGGGUAAGGCCACAGAAGCGGCAAAGGGUGGUCCAGGUCCAGAGGUUAGCAGGACAUGAGGAUUCUUGCCGGCUUGGAGACCACCUGACCCAUCUUCUUGAUUGUCAAUUUAGUUGUUGUGUGGCUAGUUAUGUGCUUUCCUUGUGUGUUGUUUGUUUAUUUGUUUU